CUGGUCUUGUCUUUCCCAAGCAACAAACAUAUUUAAAUGCUGUCUCCCUAGGGCUCACAUCCUUAGACAUUACACUCGUCUUCAGCAUCCUCCAUCAUCUUGAGCGAAUACCAUUAGAAGCAUCCCAUUUCUUGUCUUCAUAUCCAACGGUUUUUCGUCUUUCCAUCUUUGUGUAUCUUUGACUUGUUGUAAAUCCCUAAGUAAUUCCGAAUCUUCCAAUCGCCACAAUGGCCGCUGUUGUCGCCGUCCCCUACGCUGCCCGGACCGACGGUCACGCCCUGGAGCAGACCACCGACUUUGUCGAGGAGGUGAACAUUCUCAAGGACCAGAUCAACAAGCAGCAGCAGCAGGACGACUUCUCCGGGGAGUCCAAAUUCGACCAGGACAAGGACAAGACGGCCUUCCGCCAGUACGAGGAUGCCUGCGACCGCGUCAAGAGCUUCUACAAGGAGCAGCACGAGAAGCAGACGGUCGAGUACAACCUCGCGGCGCGCGAAAAGUUCGCCAUCGACGUCACCGGCCAGAAGCCGUGCCGCGACGAGAUGACCAUCUGGGAGGCCAUGGAGAAGCUCAACACGCUCAUCGACAACUCGGACCCCGACACCGAGCUCUCCCAGAUCCAGCAUCUGCUCCAGACCGCCGAGGCCAUGCGCCGCGACGGCAAGCCCCGCUGGAUGCAGCUCACUGGCCUCAUCCACGACCUCGGCAAGCUCCUCUUCUUCUACGGCGCCGAGGGCCAGUGGGACGUCGUCGGCGACACCUUCCCCGUCGGCUGCGCCUUCGACCCCCGCAUCAUCCUGCCCUCCACCUUCGAGGCCAACCCGGACAACAACCACCCGGUCUACAGCACCAAGCACGGCAUCUACGAGCCCGGAUGCGGCAUCGAGAACCUCAUGAUCUCUUGGGGCCACGACGAGUACAUGUACACCGUCUGCAAGGAGCAGUCCACCCUGCCCCGCGAGGCCCUCGCCAUGAUCCGCUACCACUCCUUCUACCCCUGGCACCGCGAGGGCGCCUACCGCGAGUUCAUGAAGGAGGGCGACGAGGACCUCCUCAAGGCCGUCCUGGCCUUCAACCCCUACGACUUGUACAGCAAGUCUGACGAUGCCCCCACCGUCGAGGAGCUCAAGCCCUACUACAUGGAGCUCAUUGACGAGUACUUCCCCAACAAGGUCAUCAAGUGGUAGAGAGAGCCACAAUUUGUUUUCUGGGUUUGUCCCGUUAUGACUAGAGCGACAUGAGAUGGGUUUUGUUUCUUUUGAUACACAAGCCCUCCGACAGCGUUUUUUUCUUUUCUUGUUUCCGUCGGAGGCAUGGCGUUUUUGUAAAAUGGGCGGGUGAUGAUGAAUACACCCAUUGGGGGUUACCGGUUCUUUUUUUGCGAAAUGACUCUUCAAAUGCUGUGCCGGCCAAGACAAAGAGGCCUCGAUAAAUCGACUCAAAACGUACUCGGGUAGAGGGAGUCUGAAACUUUUCGACGGAUUAGACAUGUGAAGAAACGAUCGAAACAAAGACACGCAGUGCGAAGUGCGACUGGGAUGUCUCUCUUGUUAUUUGCAGCAUACUGGACUUGUUCGCGGCAUACAGCUGGAUUCUGUUCUAUUUACUACGAAGGUCUUCUUAACAGCCCCGGAUGUCUCACCAAAUGCC